CGCCUCCACACACAGACAGACAUGAAGCUUGUAGUUCUCGCCUGCCUGGCCGCCGUCGCCCUUGCUGCCCCACAGCCCCAGGACGGCAAGCCCGUGGUGGUGAUCCUCCGCGACGACCGUCAGGACUCCGGCGACGGUAACUUCAACUACGCCUUCGAGGCCGACAACGGCAUCCUCACCGAAGCCUCCGGCAGCCCUGGCGCUCAGGGCCAGAGCAACAUCCAGGGCGUGUACAGGCUCACAUUCCCGGAAGGCGGAACUGCUGAGGUUCGUUACGUCGCCGACGAGAACGGUUUCCAGCCGCAGUCUGACCUCAUCCCGACGCCCCAUCCGCUCCCCGCCCACGUCCACGACCUCCUCCGCAUCGCCGAGGAGCAGCGCGCCCAGGGCGUCCAGUAUGACCAGAGAGGGUUCAGAAUCAACAAAAAGUAAAUACAUUCUGAGGAACUAUCGUCCCACACCCGCUGCUGUCCCACCGCUCGCACUCAAGCACGCCAACCAUCGAGCAGACCAGCCAUGCUCAGGAAUAUAUUACCCCCCUUCCGGUGUUAAUUCCGAGAUAACAUGAUCUUCCCGAUAAAUUAUAACAUGAUCACUUUUAUCGCACUGUGAGAAGAAAAUAAAGUCUCAAAUAAUA